GUUCUUCUAGCAUGUUCCACCCUGGCAGUUGCCCAGUUGGAUUCAGUGAUCAUUGCACCACCCCCUCUGGAAGAUGGAGUCAUUCUUACCUUGGAGCAUUUACAGCCUUACUGGAGAGAGCUGGAAAGUCUUGUGGAAGACAAUAAAGUUGUUGCUAUAGGAACAUCGGAUUUAGAUAAACCACUCUUGGAACAGCUUUACCUCUGGGCACAGAUAAAGCCAAGCAGUAACCAAGUGAAUCUUGCAUCAUGCUGUAUAAUGCCUCCCGACUUAACUGCUUUUGCAAAGGAAUUUGACAUUCAGUUACUAACUCACAGUGAUUCUAAAGAAAUCUUGUGUGAAGAAAGUUUUCAAGAAGUUCUGAGGGACAGUGUUGAGGGGAGCGAUGCAGAUGCUUGGUCACCUGUGUGGGUCCUCAGAUACUCUGUCAUUGUCAAAACCCGUGGAAUUAUCAAAUCAAAAGGCUACAUUGUGCAAGCAAAGAGGAAAGCUCCUCACUAA